CAGCAGACCGCGUAUGCAAUCGCGAAGUUCAGCAGUGCGAAGAGAGCCAAUGACGUCAUUGUCAAUGGCCUCAUGUACUUCGGCCAAAGACUGAACGCCUGGCGUCUGGUCAAGGAGGCGCGGCGCUGCAUGAAAUGCCAGCGCCUGGAACCAGGCCAUAUGGCCUCCGACUGCACCGAGACUGCUAAGUGCGGAACAUGCGCGUCCCCAGAGCACACGACCCAGAAGUGCAAGGUCCCUCCGGGACGCAAGCGUUGGUGUGUGAACUGCAAGGUGGCAGGACAUGCAUCCUGGGAACGCCACUGCCCCACAUUCAUGGAGGCGAACCACAAGAUCCAGCGUGCUAACACGCUGGAACAGUACCGUUUU